UGGAGGAGAUAAAAUGAACGGCAAAUACAUAAAGUAGGAGCCCUGAAGGAAGAGCAAAGGACAAAAAUCUCCCGGUGUGGUUUUGUUGUUGUUGUUGUGGAGCCUUUUUUUUUUUUUUUCAAGCGCUUACCUACCAUGAGCGGAAGAAGUGGAUCUGCAGAGACUUCAUUUCCUCCUCUGACCCCUCGUUUACAUCACUAACUGGUGACAGUGACAUCUACAUACAUAGUACCUGCCACUUCAGCUGCUUCAGAAUUAUAGAAGCCUCUUUGUAUGCAGCAGACAUGGCUAGCCAGCAGGAUUCAGGCUUCUUUGAAAUCAGUAUCAAAUAUUUACUGAAAUCCUGGAGCAAUACUUCUCCAGUUGGUAACGGAUAUAUCAAACCACCCGUCCCUCCUGUUUCCGGCACACAGAGAGAAAAAGGGCCUCCAGCCAUGCUGCCUAUCAGCGUUGACCCGGACAGUAAGCCAGGAGAAUAUGUCCUGAAGAGCUUGUUUGUUAACUUUACUACUCAGGCUGAACGCAAGAUCCGCAUCAUCAUGGCAGAGCCCCUU